UGAGAAAAAAAUUACAUCCUUCCUCCAAAAUGUGCAAAAUGUAAGUACUGACCAUUACAAUCUGCCAGCUUUAAUUUAAUGAGAUUUUUUAGAAUGUAUCACAUUAUCAAUGCUAAUUGGAUACAGUUUUGUCUGAUGUUCCCAAAUUUUUAAUUGCUGCAAACUGAAAUGAUGUGCAGUUAAAAGCCUUUAAUAUGCAGGGUCUGUAAUACCCUUUGAUUUUUUUAUUUGACAAGUAACUCAUAUUUUCUUGUUCAAUCUUACGCUAUUUUCUUGCUCUGCAAGAUACACACAUGCUGACUGCUGAAGUCAGACCACACUGAGUAACAAACAAACUAAUUAGCGGUGCUCAAAUGCAAAGAUGGUGAAAUGCAGAGAAAAUUCUUCAGCGCUGCUUUGUAUUAUCUAAUUGUUGUGAUUCCCACUGUUUUAAACGUCACAUUACUUGUAUGAAGGAGGGUUUUGUGGGGGCAGCUCUUUGUGGUCAUGUUGUUAUGCUACGAUUUUAAGUUGAUACUUUUAAAUAAUGAGUUGUCAUUCUUACAUAAUAACAUAAAGGAACCUUGAACUUGUGGUAAUUUGCUGCAAAAUCUACAGUUUCAUUAAUGUAUGUUUGCCACGGGUAAUAUUUUGAUUUGAUUCACUAUGCACACGCAUGUAAGAUUAAUGCCAGAGAUGCAGAAUCAAGAAAUCAGUCUUACUGAACCUGACUGACACUAUGAAGUAGGCUAGAUGUCUAAAAGCAACACAUAAUUCCAUGAAAUAAAGUAUUACGUGAACAAUAAGAAAAUGCAAAGCCAUUUCUAAGUAGUAGGGAGUGUAGCAAAGCAUAGAAUUAACUACAAAUGGAGAAAACAUAACAAACCUGAGAAACCUGAGAAUGACUCAUUCAAGAAAUCACAGAAGAAUCUAGAAGAACCACUGCAGGCCUCAUUUGCCUCAGAUUUCCAAAUUCAAAUUUGUUGUUGACCAAGCAGAAGACAAAGUCCGGUCUCACAUUUGGACUUUUUGGAAGUCACUCAUCCUGUUAAAUCAGGAGAGCAGCUGACACAGCAUUCCAGGGAAAGAACAUUAUACUUUUAGUCAAACAAGGUGGUGGAAAUAGUGAUGGAAAAUGUCCAGCCAAUAGGUCAAGUGCUGUAGAUCAGUGAUCCAAAGUCCACCAGUAAUUCAACAUCUUGGCACAAAAUAAAACUGUUGUACAGUAAAGUAUUAGAGUGGUGUAGCCAAAGUCUGGACUUCAAUCCUGUUGAACUGCUGUGACAUAAUCUCAAACAGGAAACCACCUAAUUUGGCUGAAUUUGAACCAUUCUGCAAGGAAGAGCAUUCCUACAUUCCUCCACAGAGACGACUUUCUAAUCUAUUUUGUCUAACACUUGAUGGCAGUGAUUACAGAGGGUGGUACAACCAUCAGGUUUAGUGAAUUGUUGCUUUUUCACACAGUCCCGGGAUGGCUUGCAUAUCUUUGUUCCCUUCAAUAAAUAUCUUUUUAAAACAGCGUCUUGUAUUCACUCAGGUCAUAAUUGUCAAAUAAUAAAACGUCCUAUAAUCUGAAACAUGCAAGUGUAACAACAGCAAAAGAAAUGUCUGAAGAAAUCUCAAUUGUGAGCAAUUGGAGCCUAACGAUGUAGUCAGAAAAAAUAAAUCACAGUUUUGUUUUCAGUUCUGCUUUGCUUUGUUGGUUCUACUUUUUAAAAAUAAUUACACUAAUUUCAAUUAAUCAUGAAUCAUACUUUAAAUUAAAAUUUAAAAGGUCAUUAAAGCUGCGAUUGUCAUUUGGAUGGAAGUGUGAAUUUUCUAUGCUAUUGAAAGAGGUUUAAUGUUGUUAUUCUAAUAUUAGCCUAUUAUGUUCAGUUUUCCCUCCUUGUCCCUCCUUAACCAAACUCUGUUGGUUUUACAAUCCAUUACUGUUGCUAUUAUGUAUUCUGUGGUUAAAUAUCUGCAAUUUGAUGAAAAGAUUUAAAGAAAAAAUGAGAGCAGCAAUAAUUUUACUCUUCUUUUAAUCACAUCAUGAGCUGCUACACAUUUUAAAACAGAAGUUUCAAAUGUGUUUAAUUACUCUUUAUAAAACAUACACAUACACUGUCUGACAUUAAAUCAGAGUAAAGAUUUCCACUUUUGGGUCACUUACUAUACUAAGAUUGUUUUAUUUUCUAAAUUCCAUAAUAUUAAGAGAAGGGGAUGUUUGUAUUUUUAUUUUCAUUUUCUUUAAAGUCAGAAGUCUACAUACAUUUCCUUAGUAUUGUCAAGAACUGCCUUAUAAACUCUCUGUCUUGUGUUUUGUGCAUCUUACCUCAAACUUAGAAAAAUACUUUUUGGCCCAUUCCUCCUGACAGAACUCUUAUGACUGAGUUUUGUUUGCAGACCUACUUGCUCACAUGCACUUUUUCAACUUUGCCCAACAAAGUGUCUUUGAGACGAAGAUCUGAGCUUUGUGAUAGCUGAUCCAAAAUAUUGACUUUGUUGUCCGUAAGCUAGUUUGAGACUGAUUUGUUACAAUGCUCAGGGUCUUUAUUUAUAUGGAAGAUCCAUUUGGGCCUAAACUUUAAUUUCCUGACUAAUGUCUUGAAAUUUUGUUUUAUUAUUUCCACAUAAUGUUUUUUCUCAUGAUGUCAUAUUUCUGGUUAAUUGCAGCAGUGCAUCCUGCAGCAGACUGUGGUCAAAAACCCAGGAUUUUCUCUCUGCAUACAUUUGCAAGCUAUAAUCUACCUUUUAUAUUGCUUUUGUACUAAUGGCCUCUUCCUGUCUGACUGACGUCUCAAUCUACGUAGUUUUUCUUUGACAAAUGACAAGGUCAUUUGCACUUUUCACACAUUUCACACUAUUAUUCGUCCACAUCUGAGACACAGAAACUGUCUCCUUCCUGAAUGUUGUGAUGGCUGAAGAUGAUUUUGGUGUUCCCGGGGUGUUCAUGCUUGUGUAUAAAUGUUUGAAUAGAUGUGCGUGAUACCUUUAAGCAUCUUGAGGUUUUCACAAAGAUGAAACGAUCCACUUCCUAUCAUAUUGGCUGACUUUUUUUUGGAGAUUUUUCCAUAAUUUCACACAAGAAAUCGGUAUGUUUGAGGUGUUGGUUGAAAAUGUGUUCACUCGUUUGCUUCCAAUAAACUUAAGUGUUGUGAAAUAACUUAUCUUAAAAUGACAGAACCAUGUUAUCAUCAUCUGGGCUGUUCAAAUUCAUUAUAUUGUUAACACAUAUUGUUAGUAUGUAAACCUCUGAUUUUGAAGAAAGUAUUCUGGCAUUAAGUUAACAGAAAUUAUUCUGUAAUUCUAACAGAUUUAAAGGAGGAAAUGUUUCGUCUAAUUUAUUUCAAGACUGUAAAAAAACAGGCUAUAUGUGUUUUUAAUGCGAUGCAUGUAAAUAUGUGGUUUCAACUGUAAAUGAAGCAUCCAACAUUCAGAUGUCAGAGUUUCUCAUUUUCUCCACUGUCUGACCUUCUUCGCUGUGUUUUACAUUCUUUCACUCUCUCCUCGUCUUCCUCAUUUGUCUUUCACUUCCCUUUAAUUGUUUUCCUCUCUGAAUUAUGCAUCAAUCUGAACUCAAACAUGACUGAUGAGAAAGACCACUGGGGCAGUGGAUGGCUGGAGAAGAUUUAGGAUAUUGGGAUCUUUUUAGUCAUGAGGGAACAAAUGGUGUGUGUGAAAUAGUUAGAGGAAUUCAGAGAGAAAGAGAAGGAGGGAUGACAGAAUAUGUGAAGGGGGAAAACAGGGAGUCCCCACCCUCUCCCCCUCUCUUAAAGUCAUCUAACUCCCCUUCUCUUGGCUGGCCUUAUUUGGUCAUGUUACUGCGACUCCAAAUGAAGUUCAGAGACAUAGAAUGGGGGGAAGGAUGGACAGAUUGUUCUUUUCCUCCUCUUUUCGCCCACUCGGUAAAGGAGCAAAGAUCUGAUAGGAGAUAAAAAUGAGAGGAAAGCCAGAACUCAGAGGGAGGAGACAAACCCAGCUCUGCAGGAGAAAGUAGUUCAUCUGUUCCUGCUAAACAAAACCUAACUUGAAUCCACUGUUAAAGUCUUCCUCAGUCCUGGCGAGCUGCAGAAGAGGAACUCUCCUGGGACAGAAGAGGAACUUCUCUCAUACUCAGUCCACAUGCAAAUAAAAGGCCUGGUUUCCCUUUUGACUGUCUGUUUAAACUUUGCCCCAUGAACCGCUACUCAGCCCAGAAGCAGUUCUGGAAAGCAGCGAAGCCUGGGGGGAACACAGACACAGUGCUGCUCAACAAGCUCCAUCAUGCAGCUGACUUGGAGAAGAAACAAAAUGACUCUGAAAACAAAAAACUCCUGGGAACUGUGAUACAGUAUGGACAUGUCAUUCAGCUGCUUCACCUGAAGAGCAACAAAUACCUGACGGUGAACAAACGGCUGCCAGCGCUGCUGGAGAAAAACGCCAUGAGGGUGAUGUUGGACACUGCAGGAAAUGAAGGCUCCUGGUUCUACAUUCAGCCUUUCUACAAACUCCGCUCUAUUGGGGACAGCGUAGUGAUUGGGGAUAAAGUGGUCCUGAACCCAGUCAACGCUGGUCAGCCGCUGCAUGCUAGCACACAUCAACUUGUGGAUAACCCAGGAUGCAACGAGGUGAACUCUGUAAAUUGCAGCACCAGCUGGAAGAUUGUCCUGUUUAUGAAAUGGAGCGACAACCAGGAGCGUGUCCUGAAAGGAGGUGAUGUUGUACGGUUGUUCCAUGCAGAGCAGGAGAAGUUCCUCACAUGCGACGAUCACAGAAAAAAGCAAUAUGUUUUCCUUCGCACUACUGGGCGGCAGUCGGCUACCUCAGCUACUAGCAGCAAAGCCCUCUGGGAAAUCGAGGUCGUACAGCAUGAUCCAUGUCGAGGUGGUGCUGGCUACUGGAACAGCCUGUUCAGGUUCAAACACCUGGCCACAGGACACUACUUGGCUGCAGAGGUAAACCCAGAGUAUGAAGAGGAGGGCCUCGAUUUCCGCUCUCCGCUGGACUCAGAGCAAGACCCCUUGAGAGCCCGCUUGAAAAUUGUCCAAGAUAAAGUUUUGUACACACUCAUAUCGGUUCCUGAUGGAAACGACAUCUCCUCCAUAUUUGAGCUGGACCCGACCACCUUAAGAGGGGGGGACUCUCUGGUACCCAGAAACUCGUAUGUGCGCCUCCGACACCUCUGCACCAACACGUGGGUUCACAGCACUAACCAGCCGAUAGACAAGGAAGAAGAAAAGCCUGUUAUGCUGCGAAUUGGCACAUCUGCAUAUAAAGAGGAUAAAGAGGCUUUCGCCAUCGUGCCCGUCUCCCCGGCUGAAGUGAGGGACCUUGAUUUUGCCAAUGAUGCCAGUAAAGUCCUGGCCUCUAUUGCAGGAAAGCUGGAAAAAGGCACCAUCACACAAAACGAGAGGAGGGCUGUUACAAAGCUCCUGGAGGAUUUGGUGUUCUUUGUGGUGGACAUUCCCAACAACGGACAGGAUGUUCUGGAAAUUAUGGUGAACAAACCCAAUAGGGAGCGACAGAAACUCAUGAGAGAACAGAAUAUUCUCAAACAGAUCUUCAAGCUGCUGCAGGCACCCUUCACAGACAGCGGGGAUGGGCCCAUGCUGCGACUGGAGGAGCUGGCUGACCAGCGUCAUGCCCCCUUCAGACACAUCUGCCGCUUGUGUUACAGGGUCCUGCGUCACUCUCAACAGGAUUAUCGCAAGAAUCAGGAAUAUAUCGCCAAACAGUUUCGCUUCAUGCAGAAACAGAUCGGCUACGAUGUGCUGGCCGAGGACACCAUCACAGCUUUGCUCCAUAACAAUCGCAAGUUACUGGAGAAGCACAUUACUGCUGCAGAGAUUGACACAUUUGUGAGCUUGGUCCGCAAAAACCGGGAGCCCAGGUUCUUGGAUUAUUUGUCAGACCUGUGUGUGUCGAUGAACAAGUCCAUCCCUGUGACACAGGAGCUCAUCUGUACUGCAGUGUUGGAUCCAGCCAAUGCAGACAUCCUCAUAGAAACAAAACUGGUGCUCUCAAGGUUUGAGAUUGAGGGAUCGCAGCUGGGGGAGAACUCUGUGGAGGUAGAAGAGGAUGAGGAGGAAGUCUGGUUGUUCUGGAACAACAGCGACAAAGAGAUGCGCAGCAAAAGCGUCAGGGAGAUGGCCCAGGAUGCCAAAGAGGGCCAGAAGGAGGAUAAAGAAGUGAUCAGUUACUACAGGUAUCAGCUCAACUUGUUUGCCAGGAUGUGCUUGGAUCGGCAGUAUCUAGCAAUCAACAAAAUUUCCGUUCAGCUGGAUGUCGACCUGAUAUUACGAUGCAUGUCGGAUGAAGACUUGCCCUUUGACCUUCGAGCCUCUUUCUGUCGGCUGAUGCUGCACAUGCACGUGGAUCGGGAUCCACAGGAGCAAGUCACGCCAGUCAAAUAUGCACGGCUUUGGUCUGAGAUCCCGUCAAAAAUCUCCAUUAAUGACUACGACAAUGAUGGAACGACCAAAGAUAAUAUUAAGGAGCGAUUCUGGCAGACUAUGGAGUUUGUUGAAAACUACCUCAGGGAUGUGGUGUGUCAGAACUUCCCGUUUGCAGACAAGGAAAAGAACAAGCUCACCUCUGAGGUGGUGAAUCUGGCCAGAAAUCUCAUUUAUUUUGGCUUCUACAACUUCAGUGACCUGCUCAGACUAACCAAGAUCCUACUGGCUAUUCUGGAUUGUGUCCAUGUGAGCACUGUUUUCCCGUUCACCAAGCUGGAAAAAGGAGAUGGGGGCAGAGGCAGUAAUGUGAUGAGGUCCAUUCAUGGCGUAGGAGAACUGAUGUCCCAGGUAGUCCUGAGAGGAGGCGGGUUCCUUCCUAUCAAUACAAACAGUGACUCGAAUGGAGACACGGUGAAGACACAGAUUGAGCCUGAGAAACAGGACAUAUUGGUCAUGGACACUAAGCUCAAGAUUAUAGAGAUCCUGCAGUUUAUCCUGAAUGUCCGCCUGGACUACAGGAUCUCCUGUCUUCUGUCGAUCUUUAAAAGGGAGUUUGAUGAGAGUACUUCCCAGAACGAGUUAUCUAUAAGUGGAUCAGUAGAAGGGCCAAAUAAUAUCCCAGGAGCUUUGGAUUUUGAAAACAUAGAGGAGCAGGCGGAGGCGAUCUUUGGUGGAAGUGAGGAGAAUACACCUCUCGACUUGGACGAUCACGGCGGUCGAACCUUCUUAAGGGUCUUGCUCCACUUAACCAUGCAUGAGUAUCCUCCGCUGGUGUCCAGAGCCCUGCACCUGCUCUUCAGGCAUUUCAGCCAGAGGCAGGAGGUCCUACAGGCAUUCAAACAGGUGCAGUUACUAGUCACCAGCCAAGAUGUGGACAAUUAUAAGCAGAUAAAGGAAGAUCUGGACAAGCUGCGAUCUAUAGUUGAGAAAUCUGAGCUGUGGGUGUACAAGAGGCAGGGACCAGAUGAGGGCUUGGAUGGAGGAGAGGGGAUGCCAGCUGAACCAGAACCUCAAAAGGACGCAGCGGCCACAGACAAACCAAGGAAGGCAGAAAGUGCCAGCAGCAAAAACUACAGGGUGAUAAAAGAGGUCCUGCUUCGUCUCAGCAGAUUGUGCAUCCAAGAAGGUCUGUCGGGUAGAAAGAGCCGAAAACAGCAGCAGAGGCUGCUAAGAAACAUGGGGGCUCAUGCUGUGGUUCUGGAGCUGCUGCAGAUUCCUUAUGAAAAGGGAGAAGAUGUACGCAUGCAGGACAACAUGAAACUAGCCCAUCAGUUUCUGCAGAACUUCUGUGCAGGAAACCAGCAGAACCAGGCCCUGCUCCAUAAACACAUCAAUCUUUUCCUCAAUCCAGGGAUCUUAGAAGCCAUCACUAUGCAGCACAUCUUCAUGAACAACUUCCAGCUGUGUAGCGAGAUCAACGAUCGCGUGGUCCAGCACUUCGUCCACUGUAUUGAAACGCACGGCCGCAACGUGCAGUACCUCAAAUUCUUACAGACGAUCGUCAAGGCGGAGAACAAGUUCAUCAAAAAGUGUCAGGAUAUCGUCAUGGCAGAGCUAGUGAAUGCAGGAGAAGAUGUUCUGGUCUUCUACAACGAUCGGGCCUCCUUCCAGACUUUGGUCAACAUGAUGCGGUCGGAGCGAGAUCGGAUGGAUGAGAACAGCCCGCUCAGGUACCACAUACACCUGGUGGAGCUGUUGGCUGUCUGCACUGAGGGCAAGAACGUCUACACUGAGAUAAAGUGCAACUCCCUGUUACCGCUGGACGACAUAGUGCGGGUCGUAACCCAUGACGACUGCAUCCCUGAGAUCAAGAUUGCAUACAUCAACUUUCUGAACCACUGCUAUGUGGACACUGAGGUGGAAAUGAAGGAGAUCUACACCUCCAACCACAUGUGGAAGCUCUUUGACAACUUUCUGGUUGACAUUUGCAGCGUGUGCAACAACACAAGCGAUCGUAAGCAUGCAGACAACGUUCUGGAGCGCUACGUGACUGAGACGGUUAUGAGCAUCGUAACUACUUUCUUCAGUUCUCCUUUCUCUGACCAGAGUACAAGCCUGCAGGAUAAACGUCUGCGGAAAAAUUUGCAGACCAGACAGCCUGUCUUUGUGCAGCUGCUGCAGGCAAUCUUCAGGGUCUACCAUUGCUACUGGUUGGGCUCAGGCCAGAAGGGCUCUGUUGAAGCCUGUAUUAAGGUGCUCUCUGAUGUUGCCAAAAGCAGAGCCAUAGCCAUCCCAGUGGACCUGGACAACCAGGUGAACAACCUGUUUGUGAGAUCCAACAACAUCGUGCAGAGAACCGCCAUUAGCUGGAGGCUCUCUGUUCGCAACUCGCACCUGUCAGCUCGCAGAGAAUCGGUGGUGACUGUGUCGAGGGACUAUAGGAACAUUAUUGAGAGGCUGCAGGACAUUGUAUCAGCUCUUGAGGACCGCCUGCGUCCACUGGUCCAGGCUGAGCUGUCCGUCCUGGUGGAUGUGCUGCAUCGGCCCGAGCUGCUCUUCCCUGAGAACACCGACUCACGCAAGAAGUGUGAGAGCGGAGGGUUUAUAUGCAAGCUGAUCAAGCAUACCAAACAACUGUUGGAAGAAAAUGAAGAGAAACUGUGCAUCAAAGUUCUGCAAACGCUAAGAGAGAUGAUGACAAAGGACCGAGGUUAUGGAGAGAAGCUCAGGGCCUUUGAUGAUGAGAUGGAAAUGCCUAAGAAGCUGGAUCAGAACGUGUCUCCGAAACUGUUGGCAGACCAGAGAAGGGGCGAGGCGCUCAGACAGAUUCUGGUGAGCCGUUACUAUGGAAACUUUCAUCGGAGCAGUGGGCGGAGGGACAGCCUGACGUCAUUUGGCAAUGGCCCCCUCAGUCCGGUAGGACCGGGAAGGAGUCAAUCAGCUUUAGGGGGUCCAGGCGGCCUCAGUCGGGGGGAGAUGACUCUGUCAGAGGUUCAGUGUCAUCUGGACAAAGAAGGAGCUUCUGAUCUUGUUAUUGAUCUAAUCAUGAACACUACCAGUGAUAGAGUCUUCCAAGAAAGCAUUCUCUUGGCCAUUGCAUUGCUGGAAGGAGGAAACACAACUAUCCAGCGCUCUUUCUUUUGCCGUCUGACUGAUGACAAGAACUCAGAGAAGUUCUUUCGGGUUUUCUACGACCGUAUGAAGUCGGCUCAGCAGGAAAUCAAAGCGACCGUGACGGUAAACACGAGCGAUUUAGGAAACAAGAGAAGAGACGAAGACAACCAGGACAGAGAUGCCCCGGUUCGCAAAAAAGCCCGAGAUUCAACUGUGUCGAUGACAGAAGAUGUGAAAGAGCAGUUGAUAGAGGCCUCAUCUGCCACCAAGAAGGCGUUCAACUCUUACCGGCGGGAAGCUGACCCAGAGGACCACUGUUCCUCAACAGACGGGCUGCCCAGCGCUGGGGCCAAGAACCAGGAGGAAAAGAUGAGCUUUGUGGUCGUUAUCAUGCAGCCGAUUCUUCGCUUCCUGCAGCUACUUUGUGAGAACCACAACCGUGACCUGCAGAACUUCCUUCGUAAUCAGAACAAAAAGAACAACUACAACCUGGUCUGUGAGACCUUGCAGUUCUUGGACUGCAUCUGUGGAAGCACCACUGGAGGCCUCGGCCUGCUGGGACUGUACAUCAACGAGGACAACGUUGCCCUCAUCAACCAAACGCUGGAGAGCCUGACGGAGUACUGCCAAGGCCCCUGUCAUGAAAACCAGAAUUGUAUUGCAACUCAUGAAUCCAAUGGUAUUGACAUCAUUAUUGCACUGAUUCUGAAUGACAUCAACCCGCUUGGAAAGAAACGGAUGGAUCUAGUGUUAGAGCUCAAGAACAACGCCUCCAAGUUGCUGCUCGCCAUCAUGGAGAGCCGACAUGACAGUGAGAACGCAGAGAGGAUCCUGUACAACAUGAAGCCGAAAGAGCUGGUGGAGGUGAUAAAGAAGGCCUAUCUUCAGGGUGAGGUAGAGUUUGUGGACAUUAAAGAGGAAGAGGAUGUUAGAGAUGAAGAGGAACAUGAUGCUGCUUCACCUCGAAACGUUGGACACAACAUUUAUAUUCUGGCUCACCAGUUGGCACGCCAUAAUAAAGAACUUUCCAUGAUGUUAAAACCGGGAGGUGGCAGCGGAGAUGGAGACGAGGCCUUAGAGUUUUACGCCAAGCAUACUGCUCAGAUAGAGAUUGUGCGUCAGGAUCGCACCAUGGAGGAGAUAGUAUUCCCCGUACCCAACAUCUGUGAGUUCCUGACCUCGGAGUCGAAGCUGCGGGUGUACUACACAACUGAGAGAGACGAGCAAGGCAGCAAGAUUAAUGACUUCUUCUUGCGAGCAGAAGACCUUUUUAAUGAGAUGAACUGGCAGAAGAAGCUGAGAGCCGAGCCAGUGCUAUACUGGUGCUCCAGAAACAUGUCAGUGUGGAGCAACAUCUCCUUUAAACUGGCCUUGCUCAUGAAUCUGCUGGUCUGCUUCUUCUACCCCCUGGAGGGGGUACAUGGAGGAAUCCUGGAGCCUCAUCUGUCUGCACUGCUGUGGAUGGGAUUCUUUGCAGCACUGGUCCUUGUUUUGCUCAUGCCGAAGCCACUGGGUAUCUUAGCCCUGGUUGCUGUCACAAUCCUCCGUCUCAUCUUCUCUGUGGGCCUGGAGCCUACGCUCUUCCUGUUGGGUGCUUUCAAUGUUUGUAAUAAAAUUAUCUUCCUGGUAAGCUUUGUUGGAAACCGAGGGACUUUCACACGAGGAUACAAAGCCAUGGUGAUGGACUUCGAGUUCCUCUAUCAUCUCCUCUACCUCAUCAUCUGCUGCCUGGGAGUGUUUGGUCAUGUCUUUUUCUACAGCCUGCUGCUGUUUGACCUGGUAUACAGAGAAGAGACCCUGCUGAAUGUGAUCAAGAGCGUGACCCGAAACGGACGCUCCAUCGUUUUGACGGCUGUGCUUGCUCUCAUCCUGGUCUACCUGUUCUCCAUCGUCGGCUACAUCUUCUUCAAAGAUGACUUCAUCUUAGAGGUGGACCGUAUUGCCAAUGCAACCCAAAAAAGUGGAGCCAGUCUCGCUGGGGAGUUCCUGAACACAGGACUGUGUCAAGGAGGCCUUAAUGAGAACUGCAGCAACAGUGCUCAGCAGGAAGAGUUUGGGAUCGACGGUGAGGAUGAAAACGACAUGGAGCGGACGUGCGAUUCUCUGCUCAUGUGUAUAGUUACGGUGCUGAGUCAUGGCUUGAGGAGCGGAGGGGGUGUGGGAGAUGUUCUCCGCAAACCUUCUAAGGAGGAGCCACUGUUUGCAGCCAGAGUGAUUUACGACCUGCUCUUCUUCUUCAUGGUCAUCAUCAUCGUCCUCAACCUCAUCUUUGGUGUCAUCAUCGACACCUUUGCCGACUUGAGAAGUGAAAAACAGAAGAAAGAAGAAGUUUUGAAGACUACCUGCUUCAUCUGUGGUUUGGAGCGUGACAAGUUUGACAACAAGACAGUGACGUUUGAAGAGCACAUCAAAGAGGAGCACAACAUGUGGCACUACCUGUACUUCAUAGUGUUGGUAAAAGUGAAAGAUUCCACAGAAUACACAGGGCCCGAGAGCUACGUGGCAGAAAUGAUCAAGGAACACAACCUGGACUGGUUUCCUCGGAUGCGUGCCAUGUCCCUGGUGAGCAGUGACUCAGAGGGGGAGCAGAAUGAAAUCAGGAACCUGCAGGAGAAGCUGGAGUCAACCAUGAGACUAGUAAUCAACCUGUCUGGACAGCUGACAGAGCUCAAGGAGCAGAUGACAGAGCAGAGGAAGCAAAAACAACGACUGGGACUUCUGGGUCAUCCCCCACAUCUGAACAUUAAUCCCCAGCAGCCUGCCUGAUUUCCCUGGAGGGGAGUCCACCUUUCACCAGUGCCUCAGCACUCCCUGUCAGGGCAAUGUGUCCAACU